GUUGACAACCAUUUUUUGACAACAAUUUCACAACGCCAUGUGGCGUCUUUACAUUGGGUAAAUAAAGUGAAAAGAAAUAAGAAAGAGGUUAUCAGGCCGAGGGGUAUUUUUGGAAGAAGAUUUCAAAAUUUUAAGAAAUGAGUUUGGCGGUUUAUUUUGGGCGUAACGCGCGUAGGUUUUUCAACCCUUCCAUAUUCUCUUUAGCUCUCUCCUCCAUCUUGACCCUUCCAUCUUCUCUCGCAUUGUAUCUUGUAUGUUAUCUUUGAAACCCUAGUGUUGUUGGUCUUGUGUUGUUGUUUUUGUGUGGUUGGAAGGCGAGUGUCGUUUUCUGUGUGGUUACUUUGUUGUGGAUUUCCCGUCUGCUGGAGGAGGCCGUGGAGCAUUGUUAUCCGUCGUUGUUGGUGGCAGUUUCAAUGGAAGGGAAAAAACGAAGUUGGCGGCUUCUUACCUCGAUGGACUCAUCGAUCAUUAUUGAAAUGAAUCGUUUACUAGGAAAGUGUCAUGUGGAGUGCAUUAGGAUGACUCCAUUUAUGUGGUGUUUGAAUAUUCAUAGCCCUGUGGAGGUGAAUUUGAAAUUAUUGAAGGUUAUGGUUUGCAGGUGGGCCGGACAUGAUAAUAGUUUUAGAGUAAGUCAACAGUUGGUGCCCUUUUCAGUUAUUGAUGUGUUCAUGAGCAUAGGUUUAGAAAUAGGUGGUUUAGAGAUUCCGUUUGAUGAAGUAGUUGUUGGAUUGGUUGGUGAAAUGUUCAAAUAAAAAACUAUCACUUUGAAGGAGUUGACGGACAUGUUUAAUGUCAUUGUGCAUGAUAAUAACAUUGAUGUUGAUGUAGUAUGUAGGUUAUAUAUAUUAGUUUGUUUGGUUGUUUUUUAUUUUCCUAGGAAAUCAAGGCAUGUUUGUAACAUGCCUUUUGCAGUGUUAGAUGACUUAGACAGUUUGUGUCUAUACGAUUGGUGCACUGGUGUACAUAAACAUAUUGUACAGAAUUUAAAUAAAUGUAAGAAGAAAAUUAUGAGAGGAGGUAUCGCGCAGUCACUCACUCUUAGUGGCAAUGUUGGCAAUGUUGCAGGCUUGGGCGGUUGAAAGACUUUCUUUGCAUGGUCAUGCUUCACACAGGUUUUUCCCGCACAUAAUGCGAUGGUUCCCAUAUAAAUCAAGGACCGAAAAAAUUGAACAUAUAUUUAAGACCGGAGAUUUAAAUCUGGAGUGGUAUGUAAGAAAGGAAGAUCGUCAUCGCCCGGAAAUCCGUGCAGCUUUCCACAUGGAUGACGGAGGGAUGAGUGAAGGAUCCUUGGUUGAAGGAUCCAAGGUUGAGAAAGAUGAUGACGAAAGCUCUGAUGACGACACAUGGGAAGUAGGUGCCGAGGAGAGAUUGAGGAAAAACAAUGAAGAUCUCAUAACAUUGAAUGCCAAGAUUGGAGUUCUUACGAGGGAGUUAUUUGAAAAUUUUCAAACUCCAAUCUUUACUGAAGAAGAUGCAUGUGGUACUGAUGAAGAAGUUGCUGGUGGAGUUGAUGAAGCACCUGCAGUUGGAGGUGACGAAGAGCCUGAAGUUGGUCGUGAUUGUGGAUUUGAACAACAAGGUGAUGGUAAUGCAGUUGAUGACCCUCUAGGUGCAUAUACGGAAGUAAGAGGGGAGGAUAAAACCGCAUAUGAAGAUGAGAUAGUUUCAAGAAGUCAUGAUAAAAUUGUUUGUAUUGAAAUCCAUGAUGAUGGUGAUGAAGACGAACAGGAGGCCGUACCAUUGGUUAUCCCCCCAUUGCACAGUUUUGUUGGGGAUCCAAGCAGCACUGUUGAUGUAGACCAAUUGUACAGAGUAGUCAGCGUCAGAGAGAUCACUGUAUACAGGGUUGUAUGCGAGAUAAUUGGGCAAACCUUGAGCACGACUUCAUUUUACACUUUGGCCCCGAUAAAAUACGUUGAUAACAUGGUGGUGUUAUUUGCUUGUACGAUGUUUAUGUACUUUGAGAAAAGGUUGUGCGGUGUUGUUAAGAGGAUUCAUUUUAGUCCAUUAUACUCGAAUCGUCAUGUUUGGACGCUUCAUAACUAUAACAGUUAUCUGCGUUGCGAUCAUUUUGGACUUGGAGACAUUGCCACAGCUGACUUUUUGUUUAUGCAAUUUCUCCACGAUGAUCAUUGGUGGUGUUAUUCAGUGAAAUUGAGUUCAUUACAGAUAUUUGUGAUUGACUCAUUGGGUAAGGGGAUCAGAGACCAGAAAAGGAUAGACACAGCUGUUGCUGAAAAUAUGGCACGGUUUUUUUGCCUCUUGAUGAAUAGACCGGAAGGUAGUAUUGGUCCUUUGACUGUUAAAGAAGCAAAUAUCCCAUCCCAACCAAACUUGGAAGUUUUUUGAAUUGUACUGCUGUAUUAUAUUGUGUUCUGAUGAAUAUAUGGUGAAAAGUAAUUUUAUGUGGUAGGUAUAUUAUUUCAGACAUGAUUGUGGAGUCAUAAUGUUGAAAGCAGUGGAAAUUUGGGAUGGAGACGACAAAUACAACGGAAAAAGCAUGCCUCAAUAUACAACUGAGGAGCUGCUUGGGAUUAAAAAGAAAUAUAUAUGUGAAUGGAUCCUCGACAACGAGAACAUAAGACGAAUGGAAGCCCUAGAGCUAUAUGACAUUUUUUAGGAUUGCUUACACAUGAACAAAUUUGUCUUGUAACACAACAUGUUUAUAUAUGUACAUAAUGUAAGUUGACAAUGUAGACAUUGUUUUUGUAAUAAGAUUAUUGGUUGGAUUUUCAAUUUAAUUG